UGGGAUUCCUUUAUGAGGUGCAACCAAAACAGCUGUUAGACAUUGCAACAGGGAUAUUCUGGUAGGGUGUCUGUGUAGCAUUAGUUCUGAAUACGGUUGUGGUUUUGAUCACUAAAAUGGCUGUGACUUUUGGACUCUCUUUGAGUGUUUCUUGGAUUUGUUGCCUGCUAAUUGGAGGGAUAACUUGUUUUCCACUUCAAGGUGAUGCUUAUGGGCAUCCUGCCUGCACUGGACCUGAACCAACUGGAUCCCAAGCAAGUGUGGUGUCUGGUCCAAAUGCUAAAGCUACUGGCUACAAUACCCUGGCAAGUGUGACGCAGGGUCCAAAUGCCACAGCUGAAGCAACUGCCAACCAUGCCUCGUCAGAAGCGUCUGGCCCCCGCGCCUCAGCUGAAGCAACUGCCAGCCAUACCUCUGCAGAAGCGGCCGCCGGCCCCCACGCCUCUGCUGAAGCAACUGCCAACCAUGCCUCGUCAGAAGCGGCUGGCCCCCGCGCCUCAGCUGAAGCAACUGCCAGCCAUACCUCUGCAGUAGCGGCCGCCGGCCCUCGCGCCUCUGCUGAAGCAACUGCCAACCAUGCCUCGUCAGAAGCGGCUGGCCCCCGCGCCUCAGCUGAAGCAACUGCUAAACAUACCUCUGCAGUAGCGGCCGCCGGCCCGCGCGCCUCUGCUGAAGCAACUGCCAACCAUGCCUCGUCAGAAGCGGCUGGCCCCCGCGCCUCAGCUGAAGCAACUGCCAAACAUACCUCUGCAGUAGCGGCCACCGGCCCUCGCGCCUCUGCUGAAGCAACUGCCAAACAUACCUCUGCAGAAGUGGCUGGCCCCCGCGCCUCAGCUGAAGCAACUGCCAAACAUACCUCUGCAGAAGCGGCCGUCGGACCCCGCGCCUCAGCUGAAGCAACUGCUAAACAUACCUCUGUAGAAGCAGCUAGCCCCCGCGCCUCUGCUGAAGCAACUGCCAAACAUACCUCUGCAGAAGCGGCUGGCCCCCGCGCCUCUGCUGAAGCAACUGCCAAACAUACCUCUGCAGAAGCGGCCGGCCUUGAACAGACGGCCCGACCCCUCAACAAGCUAGAUAGGGAGAUCAUAAUUUGGUUUGCCCAACUCCUUAAUCGGCUUUCCCCUGUUACUGUGCCUCCCUUUGAAGAAAAGGGCAAAGGUAACUGAGGUGAGGAAUUGUGCAAACUAAUGCACUUGUUUGAAAUGAGGAUCUCCUUCACUUGCUCAUCGUUAUGCAAAUUGUUUACAGGGGUGAACACUACAAUGGUAUGAUUUUUUUUUUUUUUUCAAAACCAUACGACUAAAAUUUACAUCUGAUUUGGUCACUUGCUGACACUUAGGUUGUACGGUUUUGAUUUGUCCUGGUGUUCCUGCUACUCUUGCAUGAUUUGUUCAAUAAACAAUUUGACUUCCAAAA